UGCUCUUACAAGGCUCUAAACAUAAAGACCACUCAGAACGUUGCACCAAUAGUAGAAGAUCUGCAGAGGGCAAAGGAGUCUGUACAUUUGUUCAUCUACCAGUAUCAGAUCAUGCUUUGUCUGUUCAAGCAGUGUGAAGGAAAUGUCAUGCAAAAUGCUGAGAGCAAUCUUCAAGUCACAGACCAUAAAAAGAAAAUGUAUUCUGAGGAAAAUGAAAAUGUAGAGCAACUAGAUGUCACCACAGAUUUGGAUGCUGCUGGCAAAACUACUGGAAACAGUCUCCAGGAUCAGAUGGCUGCCAGAAUGCAAGUGUGGGUCUUCUUUCUCAAUAACAUUGAAAAUGUCAUGAAGGAAAUGGAAGCCCAUAAAUCAAUGGAAAUGAAAUCAACGUUUGGCAUGAUGAAAAGUCCAAGCAUGGAUGACCACAACGCAAUGUACAGACUGUAUCAGCUAGGCCUAGAGAAAGUGUUUGGUGACAGGGCAAGUUUACGUUUCCGCUGGGAAGGAUUAGCAUUGAUAGGUCUGGGUGUGACGCAGAUGCUAGCUGGAUUUGCAAUGGGAGACUUAGGUUUGAAUCUCCUGAAUUUGGAUGGGCCGAAGGGAGUUCUUUCCACACAGGGUUAUAACGAUCUCCUGAGAGGAAUAACGGCAAUCACCACAGGAGAGUUCUCGUGGGAUACUUGGAGGAGUGAUAAGGUUGCUUCAUUCUGCACUGACAUCAUCUCCUGUGUGCCUUUUGAAGGAUUGCGUAACAAUAUCCAUACAUUUAUCAGCAUCCCAAAGAUGCAGGUUUCCCAAGGACAAGACACAAUGAGUGUACUAAAAACCAUGUAUGUACGUGUAAAACAUGAUCUUGUCAACUACAAACCUGGUCAACAAGGGAUAGAUGAACCUGAGGUCAGAGAUAGAGAUGGUUUAGUUAUAAGAGAGCUAUGUGAUACAGUGAAUGAUUCAAUCGCAAAAAAAUCCAAGAAAGCAUUGAAAAGACACUUUUGCAAAGAACCUCUACAAACUCUCAUAAAUUAUAUGAUCUCUCUCCAUGAGCCAAAUGUCACUUUUGGCAAGACCUCACUCCAGGACACACUGAAAAAGACCUUCAUGAAGAUCAGUCAAAGGGCAAUUGAGACAACGUGUAAUGGCAAAAAGCACCCAGAGCUGCUGGCAAGGAUCACCAAAGGUCUUGAUGACCGAGACGCUCAGAUGCUGAUGGACAAGCCACAGAGUAUCAUUGGCACUAUGAAAACUGUAUAUGAGGCUCAGUGGGGUGGCUCGGCCCCAGAUGCCCUGAUGGAUGUCAUAGAUGAUUUCAACAAGGAGUUCUGCCAUUUACUUGAAGACCUGGUGAGACCUAAAGACCUAGAGGCCAAACAGCAGUUGAAAAAGCGUCCCAUUCAGGAAAAUUACCAAGUUGCCAUCAAGGCGUUCAGGAAAGAUCUUCGGAGGUCUAUCAGCAAAGAGUUGUCUAAGGCACUUUACGAUUUGCUUCGGAUGACACUUGAACACCAGAAGGUUGAAUUGCUCUUUGCAGUCAUAAUGGGGAAAGUGAAUCAGACCAUGAAAGCUAACUGCAGACAGAUCAACAAGCCGAGACACAGUCAGGCCAGAAUUCCCAGAGCACAUGGAAAAUUCCAAAAGAACAGAAGACGUACCAAAUACAUUGUGUCAAAACUGGAGCGGAAGUGUGACUCUCACUCUGUACAUACAGAAUUCUAAAAACAACAUUGGCUUUUAGUUUGUAAACGGGGCAAACCCUAAAAUACGAAUUUACACGAAAACCCAAACAUACCCAGAAUAUAAUUGUACUUUUGUAUAUUUUCAAACUUUAAAAAAGCAACUUCAAAGUUAAUUGUUUAGUUAAAUACUACUUAUGUGGACUGCUGUUUUUCUUUUCUUUCCCUUCUUAAAAAAAACGUGACAUCUUAAUGACAAUGUAAUUUAUAAAUAUUCUAUGUUUUUAUGUUUAGAAUUAUACGUAGGUACAUGUCCUCUUUGUUCUAUGCAACAAAAUGUGCAAAAAAUGUUUUU